UUUGCUUCCGGGUCGAUGUUGUCAUGCGCCUGCGCCUGGCCGGCCUUGACCUUCGCCUGCGCAUUUCGGACGGAGAGCCAACGCCGGAGUAGAAGCUUCUCGCGCCAGCCGGGGGCAGAGGCCGCUUCGCUUUCUCCGUCCCUGCGAUGCCGUUGCACACAGUCCCUCCGCGGCUGUGGGAGGCGCUGAGGCUGCAGCGCGGCAUCUUCGCUCGGCUGCCGGCCCACUACCUGCGCGCCCUGCGGGAGGAUGCCGCUGCCCCGCCUGUCGCCGUCCACUGGAGGCCCCACGGCGCCAAGUACGCGCGCAGCGCCGCCACCGGGGAGCGCGAGCGCCUGCAGGACGUUCCGGUGCCGGUGUACUUCCCGCCUGAGAGCCAGGAGGGCUUGUGGGGCGGCGAGGGCUGGGUGUCCGGCUUCCGCUACGCCAAGGGCGACAAGCUUUCAGCCAGGGUGAGGAAGACCUGGAAGCCACAACUCUUCUAUCGAGAACUCUACAGCGAGAUUCUCGAUAAGAAGCUAACCAUUACAGUCACUAUGCGGACACUGGACCAGAUUGAUGCAGCUUAUGGCUUUGAUUUCUACAUCUUAAAGACAUCAAAGGCUGAGCUGUGUUCUAAAUUGGGUAUGGACCUGAAACGUGUAAUGCUACUAAGACUUGCACGUCGUGACCCUUCUCUCCAUCGAGAUGAUCCAUCAAAGAGAGAGGCUAUCUACAAUAAGUACAAGGAGUUUGUGAUCCCAGAAGAGGAGGCAGAAUGGGUUGGUUUGAGUUUGGAAGAAGCUAUAGAAAAGCAGCGGCUUCUGGAGAAGAAGGACCCUGUUCCCCUGUUCAGAGUUUUUGCAGAAGGACUGAUGCAGCAGCUCCAAGAACAGAAGCAUUCUGAAUUGGUUGAAGUGCAGAAGGUCUAACAAGACACAGGAAACUGGCUGUGAAUGCCUUGUUUCCUUUGGGCUUCUGUUAAACAGACCAAGGGAUGGAACUUUCCUCUGAUAGAGCUGGAUCCAGAAUGGUUAAGUAUAUGUUAGCUGUCUGAGGCAUGUUUUGUGAAGACAAAAAGGCUGUCUGCUGUGUCCUCUAAGGGGGCAAGCCUGGAUUUGGACUAGCCAUCUUGAGCUGCCUCCUCAUCUUCCAUUCAGGAUGCUUUUGCAGAGCAUCAGUAAAGAAGAGAGUGCUUUUAUCUCAGGCUUGCCAGCUUUUCUUGCAUGUAGCUGCUAAGACUCUGCACCUGCAGUUACCUUGUCUGCUGUGAUCCUUUGGACCUGCCAAGAUCCCCAACCUCAGGCUGAUUGUUGCAAGAGCCCUUCAUCAACAGGCUUUGGAGAACCCUAGGACGCAGCACAUAGUUUCUUGGCUUCUAGGGCAUCUUGUCUGCAGGGCCAUCUUCUGGCCAGAGAGCGAGUGUUUGUAGAAAAUAAAAAAUGGGUCAGAUUGUCUCUCUUGAGGAAAGGAGCCUAGUGAACAGUCCAUUUCAUGUAAGAUUACAAGUUUUUGUAAGAUUAUUAAGGUCCAAAGCAUAGCAGCAAAGAGAAGAAGCAACGGCAUGUAAAUUAUUAUUGAAACAGUACAGUCACUUGUUCUUUUAGGCCAAGGACAGGGAACCUUUUUGGCUCCAUGGGCCAGAUCCUUAUCAGGCUUUGCCUUGUGGGCCAAACUGGACAGGUAGGAGAAGCCAACCAUUGUCAGUCACAUAUCAUUAUGAUGUUACCUGUCAAAGUCCCUUAUGAUUCACUUUUUUGAGUAAACAGGAGUGCAGGAGCUGUUUUAAAGCCUUUGAAAAAGCCUAUUUGAAUUAACUUGCAUUUGUGAGCUGCUUCAGUGGGCACUUUUACUGAUGAACAUGGAAUAAAUCCUGCUGUCUUGCUGUGUGAUCUUGUUCCUGCUGGGAACAGAAUCUCACAGCCAAUGCAGGAUUACACCCUGUUGUCCCGCCAGUCAGCUGAUGGGCAUGUGGGCAUGGUUUGGGGAAAAUGGCCUUGGGGGCCAAAUAGGACCUGCCGAAGGGCCAUGGUUGACCUGGAGGCCAGAGGUUCCUUACUCCUGUUCCAGGCUGACAAAAGGAACUUGAGUCCCUUGAACGGGCAUGCUGUCUCCCCACCUUCCUUUUUGGUCUCUUGGAGGGUUGUUGCUGUGUCUUUGAAUCCUAGUGUCCCUGCUUUAUAGCAUGCCUCUCAAGCCCAAGUAAGGCAAAUGUUUACCAGAACAUUGUGUUGCUGUGGCUGGUAAAAGAAAUAGAAGCACUUCUGUGUUUCUACUUUGAACAGAUCAGAAAAGCAGCAGCAACUAGCAGAGCCGUUGUGGGGCACACUUUGCAACAUCAGUGAGGGUUGCACAGUGGCUCUAUGCUUAUGCAGAAUAACAAUGAUUAUUACAAGCAGACAACUGCUUUCUGUGUGUAAGUCAUCUUUGUUAUGCUUAAAUUGACACAUCUCUGAUGGCCCCAUGUCAUUAACCUAAGAACCACCUUAGAGGGUCAGACUGAAGGAUAGUGGUGAAUAGCAUGUGGACCUUUAAGCUUCUACUUCAAAUCUUGCCUCAGCAUGACUGCAGUGGGGCCCCACUCAUAUGGCAGGUUAGGUUCCAGACCCCUGCCGACAAGCGAAAACCACUGAAAAGUGGAUCAGCUGUAGUGCUGGGGUCUGGAACCUAACCCGCUGAUCGCACUGGAGGAGGAGAUCAGCUGUAGUGAGCUACAGUAGAUCUUUCCCUCCUCCGGCGCGAUCAGCUUGAGCUCGGGAGUCUGAUCGUGCCAGAAGAGGAGAUCAGCUGUAGCUCUCUACAGCUGAUCUUCCCCUUCUUCAGAGUGAGAUCAGUUGGAGCGUGGGGAGCUCCAGCCCCCCCUCCAGCUGAUCGCCCUGCUGGUGCCGUAUUAACAGAACGCCAAAAAGCAGGACCUUACUGUAUGUACAGCUUCCCGUGCUGAAGGUGGUAUGCUUCUUUAUUUUAUUUAUUUAUUAUACAGUGCCUUGCAAAAGUAAUCGCACCCCUGACCAAUUCUCUCAUAUUACUGGAUUACAAAUGGUACAUUGUAAUUGUGUUUCAAAAUAAAAUAAACAGAACGAAAUUGCAGUGUACCAUUUGUAAUUGAGUAAUAUGUGAGUAUUGGUCAGGGGUGUGAUUACUUUUGCAAGGCACUGUAUUUAUAUCCCACCUUUCAUCCCAGGAAUGAUUAGGCUGAGAGAUAAUGACUGGCCCAAGGUUACUCAGUGAGCUUCAUGGGAAUUUAAACCAUGGCCUUCCAGUUCCUAGCCUGACUCUGAUUGCUAUAUCACCCUGGCUGUUGAGUGGCGGCUGUUUGGGAAUGUGGACAACUGAGGAGGGUGCUGCUGUUGCUGCUGCCACACUCAUGUUAUUGUGGGUUUCCCCCAUUGCGGUGUCUGGCUGUGAGAACGGGGUGCUGGGCCAGGUGGAUCCCCUCUGGUCUUCUCCAGCAUCCAGGCUCCUCUUCCAGUGCUUGACUAAUGAGAGAGCGUGGGUGGUGGCAUUGUAGCUUCUGCACGCUGUCUCCAGUUGCAAGCUGCCAGCCAGCCAGCAGGGUCUUUGUCUCAAGGAUCACAGGGAUGGGAGGGUUAGUCUUGGCUGUCCUGGCUAUCUAGUCCUUUUUGAAGUCAGUUGUGGCAGCAUCCAAUGUUAGUCCUAAUCAGAGUAGACCAAUUGAAACGAAGUGGACAUGGCUAUGUUAGAUUCAUUAAUGUCAGUGGGUCUACUCUGAGUGAAACAUAAUUGGCUACGAUUCUUUGUCCUGCCCCAAUGUGUUUGACAUUGAAUGAAGAAAUGUUGUGUUUUGUUUGAACCCUGCUGCUAAUCAGUUGCAUUUGAUGGCCCCUGAGAUGUGUGGGGUGCCUGAGGAGCAACAGCUCUCCCUCCACUCUCUGUAGUUGUACACUUCCAUCAUGGUCCGCUUGCAAAGGCUUUCCCAACUUAAGCUUCAGCUUAUGAAAUAUUUCCUUGGGGGAAAAUGCUUGAAUUACUUGAUCACCUUAGUUGCCUGUUCUCUAAUGCCAGACUACCCUUUUUAAGGCUCGCUGUCUCAGUUGCUGUGCCAUAGCUGGUUCCAGAUACUUUGGAUAUUCUCUGGAAAGUGGCUUGUUGCCAUGUGGCCUCUGGGGAGAGCCACCAGUCCUGUGGACGCAUUCACUUUCUCUUGGUGCAGGUCCAUAUCUUUGUGAACAUAAGAACAGCCUGCUGGAUCAGGCCAAAGGGGACCCAUCCAGUCCAGCAUCCAGUCCUCACGGUGGCCAAAGGGAAGCCCUCGAGCAAGACCUGAGUGCAAAGAGCAUCCCCCCCCCCGUUUCCAUCAACUGGUAUUCAAAAGCAUACUUCCUCCAACUGUGGCGGCAGAGCAUAGCCAUGAUGGCUAGUAGCCACUGCUAAGUAGCCUUAUCCUCCAUGAAUUUGUCUAAUCCUCUUUUAAAGCCAUCCAGGUUGGUGGCCAUCACUGCUUGCUGUGGGAGCGAAUUCCAUAGGUUAACUAUACACUGUGAACCUUUAUUUUGUCUGUCCUGAAUCUUCCAACAUUCAGCUUCAUUGAAUGUCCACGUUCUCUUGUUAUAAGAGAGGGAGAAAACCUUUUCUCUGUCCACUUUGUCCAUGCCAUGCAUCAUUUUAUUGACUUCUAUCAUGUCACCUCUGAUUCGUCCUUUCUCUGAACAAAAAAGCCCCAAACGCUGCACCUUUUCCUCAGAGAGGAAUUGUUCUUGCGUCCUCCCUCUUUAUGGGGACUUAGUCUCAGCUGCUGUGAUCCAACAUCCUUUUUGCUGCUUCCUUGCACACACCCUGCAGGCAUUUUUGCUCCCUGGCCUUGAGCUUUUUAUUGCAUGUCUCAGAGAAUGCUGAUUAACUGUAGUGGAGGGGGCGAGUACUUGUCUUGAAUAUACUGGUUCCCAGCUGGAAGUCCCGUCAUCUCCACUAAGCAGCCUGGGAGUUGGAGAGCUAUUGCUAGUCAGGGUGUUGAUGAUGUUGGGCCAGGUGAACCAUUGCUCACUUUGUGUGAGAAGCUCCUCAUGCACCAGUUAGUAUUACUCAUUGUAUAUCAAAAUCCACUCUUUGUCUCGUAGCAGUUCACGCAUCAUUUGCCAGCAAAGUUCACUUCAGGGCUGGCAGAUCCCUUUGCCAAGCAGUUCUUGGCACCACAGGGGUGUAGUGCUUUUGGGUGGGUCCAGGGUGAUGUGGGUGCCCCUGAUAUGGUCCUGGUCAUGGAGGGAUUGGUGCAUAAUAGAUGACAAUGGGUGCCCAGCAGGAGAGUUGUGCACCUGUUGCGUCAUUGGUGUUCCCUCUCCAGUGUCUUGCCUGCCUUCUGCUGGCUGCUUGGGGAAGGUGGUGUUCAUGAUCUGUGACAAGUGCAAACGUUACCAUAGGCAUGGUGGGAAGGAAAUGAAUGUGGGUGAAAGGCAAAUUCAGCGGAUGCAAGAGUAGUUUUCCUUCAACCGGAGUGCCACAAUAUCCUCAUCCCCCUUCCCUUGGAUGCUUUUCACUUUCCUCUCUUUGCCUUCAGCCUUCGUUUUCCUCCCAAAGAUUGUUCCGUUUUGCCUUCUGUUACUACACAGAGACACCUGACCAAGGCACUGUGUAUUCAGUCACAGCAAGGAGCAGAAGGUGCCCAGAUAGGGAAGACGAGAUGGCAUCUUUCCAUAGUAUCAAAAGAGUUUGCUGCCUUUUAGUGCCUCACCCUAAAAAGAAAGGAGGGAAAUGGUACUAUGUGAGAUGAAAGGGGUCUGUCUGGACAAUUUAUCCAGCAAUUAUAAGUAAAUCAGUGAUGCCUACAGGGGCUUGUUGCCAUAGUUACAAUAGGAUUUGAAGGACCAUCAUUUGGUACUGGCCUCAGCCAAUCAGGUUGAGGAGCCAAAGCUGCAGUAUAAAGUAAAGAUUGCCAUUUUCCAGCCACUCAGUUGCCAUGAAAGGAAAAGGGGUUUUCAGAGUAUUGGAAAGUGCUCCGGACAGCUCCUGUCAUGGCGGACGGCGAAAAACCCAGCAGGAGGCCAGCACUGCGCAGACAGCAGGUGAGACAAUGGAGCUUUUCCUCGAUUGCCAUUGACUGCCUUCUUUCUUUGCCAUUGCCCUUCCACCGCCCAACCAGCCCUUGGCCAUCGCCAGCCGCUGCCCCGCCCUGCCCCACAAAACAACAAAGAAAUCAGGAUGAGAAAAUAGGGAGCUGUUCUCUCUAGGUUGCCUUUGUCAGCCUUUCAAAUCACAUUUUGCAAAGCCAGCUCAUUAAAAGCCCCCAGCUGGGCUCUUGCAGAGCGAGGUGAGCACCCGAUUCCAGUCACCCACUGGCCCCUCCCCCUGUGAAGGGACCACAAUAUGCUGCAAAGUCACAUUAGCUUUACUGCAUUUGUCGGGUGGCAGGGGGAGUGCUUAAAUUCACCAUAUUCUUGAUGGAGACAUGGUGACGAUGUCCAAAGGCUUGUUUAGAGCUCAAAGCCCAAAGGAUUGGGAUAGAGUUGUGUGUUUCCUAUUGUGAUGGCAGCGGCGGUGGAGGGGGCUGGGUGACAGCAUCAGAACUGUAGGAUGCACAGAGGGAGUUUUCCCCUGUUGCAGCCAUCACCUUGCAUGCUUGUGAAAGUCAUGGCACUAACAUGACCCAUUGCAGAAAAUUGUCUGCUAGGGAAUCCUGAUAGGGGAGAGGAAGUGGAGACAAACUUUUCCCAACUGAGCUCUUUUGAGAGAAUGAAUGAGUGUGUGUGUGUGUGUGUGUGUGUGUGUGUUAAAUGAUAAUUGCUGAAACCUGAGAUUUGUCCAUAAUAGAUAAGCUUCUUCCAGUGGGGGGGCUCUGAGCACCUUGUGAAUAGCCUAGCGGCUCAGUGUCCAUGUCAGGAACUCACAAAGUUUUUCAUUGGCACACAAGUGGAUAUAUUUGGCUGUCUAUUCUUCUCCCCAAAUCCUGUGGGUGUGGGCCAGGAGUGUUUGGGGAGGAGGGACAUGUCCUUGGUGUUACUUCCUUCCCGAUGAAAUAGUUUCUAUAACACCCUGCAAUUUCUCUUUCUACUCUGAGUUGGGAAUGACGCAUCUCAUGGCUGCCCUAUAGCAAGGUGGCUCCGUUCAUAGCUGCAUACUUAAUGAAAAGCAAACUCACAGAUGGCAAAAUAACAAAGUCGUGUCUGCUUCAAAGGGAUCUUCUAGGGUGAAUGUUGCAUUAUGAGGUAAAUUUAGAGAGGAAAAUCUUUUAAUCCACUGUGGCUAAUCCAGUCUACUUUUGUUGGCUGUGACAUAUUCAGCCCCAACAAAAGGCCCUGCCCCGCAGAGAGUAGCAUAUAUAAUGCGCAUUAGUAAUCCAGUUACUCUGCUGUUGCAGUGGCAGGCAGACAGACUUCCCGGGUCAGCAGUAGGGGCUGAAGCAGACGCUCCACAAGACUUUUUAGCAAGUUUUUUUAUUUCUCAUUCCAAAGAGCCUUGGUGAUGUGCUUGCACUGAACUAACUGAGGGGAAUUCAGGAAUCAAGAACUAUGGCUGGGGAACUGGCUAGGAAACUUGAAGCAGAGAGUAGGAAUAAAUGGACAGUUCUCCCAGUGGAUAGAUGUAGAAAGUGGAGUCCUCCAAAGAUUGAUGUUGGGACCUGUGUUUCUUAAUGUGUUCAUACAUGAUCUGGAAUUAGGGGUGAGGUGACCAUUUUGCUGGUGAUACUAAGUUGUUCAUGUUGGUUAAAACAAAAAAGGAUUGUGAAGAGCUUCAAAAAGACCUUUCCAAAGAGUGAAUGGGUAGUAAAAUGGCAAAUGCAAUUCAGUGGAAAGUGAUGCAUGUUGGGGGGAAAAUCAAUUUCAUAACUGAACAGGGUGGUUUAUAAUAAAUGCUAUUGGAGGUUGCUGAUUCAUAGGGUCACCAUAAGUUGAAAUUGACUUGAAGACACAUAACAACAAUAUAACUCAUGGGGUAUGAACUAGCGGUGUCUGACCAGGAACAAGACUUUGGGCUCAUAGAAUCCAUGAAUAGUAGAGAUGGAGGGGGCCUCUAAGGCCAUUGAGUCCAACCCCUGCUCAAUGCAGGAAUCAUAGUUAAAGCACACCCAACAGGUAGCUAUCCAGCUGCUGCUUGAAUGCCUACAGUGUUGGACAGCCCAUCACCUUCCCAUGCAAUUGGUCCCAUGGUCAUACCGCUCUAGCAGUUAGGAAGUUUUUCUUUAUGUUCAGCCAAAAUCUGGCUUCCUGUAAAUUGAGCCCAUUGAGAAGAGAUCCUGGCCCUCCUCUGUGUGGCAACCUUUCAAAUACUUGAAGAGUGCUAUGAUAUAUCCCCUCAGUCUUCUCAAAGCUAAACAUGCCCAGUUCUUUCAGCCUCUCCUCAUAGGGCUUUGUUUCCAGAUCCCUGAUUGUCCGUGUUGCCCUCCUCUGAACCUGUUCCGGUUUGUCUGCAUCCUUCUUAAAGUACAGUGUCCAGAACUGGAUGCAGAACUGAAGAUGAGGCCUAACCAGUGCCAAAAAGAGCGGAACUAGUACUUCACGCGAUUUGGAAACUAUACUUCUGUUAAUGCAGCCCAAAAUAGCAUUAGCCUUUUUUGCAGCCACAUCACACUGUUGGCUCAUAUUCAGUGUGUGAGCAACGACAAUUCCAAGAUCUUUAUUUUUAUUUAUUUAUUUAUUAAAUUUAUAUCCCACCCUUCCUACCGAGCUCAAGGUGGCAUCCUUCAUACUCUAUCCUUCUCACAUGUCGUAUUGCUGAGCCAAAUAUCCCCCAUUUUAUAACUGUGGAUUUGGUUUCUUUUUCCUAUGUGUAGAACUUCACACUUAUCCCUGUUAAAUUUCAUUCUGUUGUAUGCAGCCCAAUGCUCCACCCUAUCAAGAUCAUUUUGAAUUUUAUUUCUGUCUUCCAGGGUACUAGCUGUCCUUCCAAAUUUUGUAUCAUCUGCAGAUUUGAUAAGCGUUCUCUGCACCUCUUCAUCCAAAUUGUUAAUAAAAACGUUGAAGAGCACCGGGCCCAGGACUGAACCCUGCGGUACCGCGCUCGUUACCUCCCCUCAGUUUGAGAGGAAACCAUUGAUAAGCAUUAUUUGAGUAUCUUCUGUAGCCAACUGUGGAUCCACCUGAUAGUUUUUCCAUCCUGCCCAUAUUUAGCUAGCUUGCUAAUUAGAAUAUUACUUUGUUAAAAGCGUUGUUGAUGCCAUGAUAUAUUAGGUCCACAGGUUGAUGUGAGACUGACUGGUCUGUAGACUCCCGAUUCCUCCUUUUUGCCCUUUUUGAAGAUAGGGACAACAUUAGCCCUCCUCCAGUCAUUCGGCACUUCACCUAUCCUUCAUGAUUUUGCAAAGAUAAUAGACAGUGGUUCUGGGAGUUCAGCCAGUUCCUUCAUUACUCUAGGAUGCAGUUCAUCAGGCCCUGGAGAUUUGAACUCAUUCCAAGUGAUUAGGUAUUCCUUGAUCAUUUGUCUAUCAAUCUCAAGCUGCAAUCCUGCCUCUUCAACUUGUACUUCACGUUUGCCAGGAGCAUCAUAGUCCCUCUUUUGGGAGAAGAAUAAGCCAAAGUAGGAAUUGAGCACUUCUGCCUUUUGUCAUCUAUUAUCAUUUUCCCAUCCUUAUUGAACAGCAUUUCUUUUCUGUAUUUUACUAAGCAUACACCUGAAGAAAGCUUUUUUGUUGCUUUUAGCAUCUCUUGCUAACCUAACCUCAUUCUCAGCUUUAGCCUUCCUGAUGCUAUCCCUGCAAUUCCAUGCUGUUUGUACUCUUCCUUUGUGGCCUGGCCUUCCUUCCACUUCCUUUAUGUGUCCUUUUUUCUUUUCAAGUCAUCUCUAAGCUUUUUGUGGAGACCCGUUGGCUUCUUCUGCUAUCUUCCACUUUUUCCCCUUGUUGGAAUUGUUUGCCAUUGUGUCUUUAAAAUUUCCUUUUUUAGAACCUUCCACCUAUUUUGGACUCCUUCUCUCAUUAGGGUUGCUUACCAUGGGACCUGACUUAUCAUUGAGUUUAUUAAAAUUGGCUUUCCUGAAGUCCAAGGUAUGCAUAUGGCUACUCUCAGCUUUUGCUUCUUUUAAAAACCAGAACUCAAGUAUAACAUGGUCAUUUCUCCCCAGGAUUCCUGUAACUGCCACUUCAUCCACUAAGUCAUCUCUAUUGGUUAGAAUCAGGUCAAUGCCAACUGAUCCUCUAGUUCCUCCACUUUCUGUAGGAGGAGGUUAUUGGCAACACAAGUCAGGAACAUCUUGGAGGGGCCAUAUUUGACAAAAUUUGUCUUCCAACAGAUAUUGGAGUAAUUGCAGGCUCCCAUUACUACUACAUCAUGCCUUCUCAAAACAUUGGCAAUUUGUUUUUCAAAAGUUUCAUCUUCAUCAUCUUUAUUGGGUGGUUGGUAGUAGACUCCAACCACCAUGUUCCUUUUAUUCCUUGUCCUAUUUAUUUUAAUCCUGAUGCUCUUGAUGGGGCUACCAAGCUCAUCCUCCUGUAUUUCUGUGCAGGGAUAUAUUUUUUAACAUAUAGCUUAACUCCACCUCCUUUCUAUUCCUUCUGUUCUUUUUGAACAAGUUAUAUCCUUUUCUGUAUUCCAAGUUUCAGUUAUACCUAUCAAGACACUAUACCCUCCUGUGUUAAGAGAUCAAAUUCAUCCUGUUUAUUUCCCAUACUCUGGGCAUUAAUAUACAGAUGCCCUGGGCUCCUUCUGGGAGGAAGGGUGGGAUGUAAAUUUAAUAAAUAAACAAAGUGUUAGAUCCGUGCUUGCAGGCAGUGAUGGGCUGGAUAUGGGCCAAUGAAUUGAGGCUGCAUCUUGCAACCUGGAAAGACUUGUGUUUGUCCUGAAUGGGGUUGCACUCCCCUGGAAAGUUCAGGUCUGUAGUUUGGGGUGCUCCUGAAGUCAGCCUUGUUUCUAGAGCCUCAGGUGGCGUCAAUGGCUAGGAGUGCCUUUUGGACAGAGAUGACUUGGCCUCUGUACUCCAGAUUGUGCUCUUGAAGAGGAAAUUUCAACUGGUCCAAAAUGCGGCAGCCAGAUUAUUGAUUGGAGUUCCAUUUAGAUCUCUCAUAACCUGUUUUAAAACUGCUGCAUUGGUUGCCAGUUUGUUUCUAGGCCCCAUGUAAGGUCCUCAUGCUAGUGUUUAAAACCCUAAAUGACUUAGGUCUCAAAUAUCUGAAAGACCGCCUCCUUCUCUACAGCCCCACUUGGGUGUUGAGAUUGGCAGAAGGGCCCCUCUUGAUAAUUCCACUGCCCUCAGACGUUUGGGGUGGGGAUAGCCCCAGGAGAGGGCAUCAUCUGUGGCAGCCCUUAAGUUGUGGAAUUCCCACCCCACAGAGGUGCGCCUGGCAACUUCAACUGUACAGCUUUUGUUUUAUGCUGAAGAGUCACCUCUUCACCCUGGCUUUUGACACUUAAGAGAUACAUAUUUUAGGAUCCUCUAGUUGUGAAUAUUUGUUUUAAACUUUUAAAUAAUAUUUAUAUUGUUGUAACCCACUCCAGUAACUACUGGAAAAGGGUGGGUAAUAAAUUUAAUAAUAAUUAAUAGUAAUAAUAGUCUUCUGGAGCAGAGGGUGGCCACAUAAACAAAACCUCUUUUUAUUUAAGGGUACAAAAUAAAGGUUGCCGCUUUUUCCUGUGAAAAAUAAUGGCUUCUCUCUUCUGAGUCUGUUCUCUGCCGAGCAGAUCAGUGCUUUGCUGCCCUUGGAUUGCUCUUUGGGGAGCCUUCAAGUGCCUCCUGGCAAGUGGAGCAGGCUAGCCACAACUAGAAUCUGGCCUCCCAGCAAGAGUCCUUCGCUAACCACACUCCCCAAGUCAAGAGGCUGCCUGCUGUAACACUUCAGGCAAGAGUUUCCUCCUUGGCCUUCCUGGGAGAUUAAAGACUUCUUGUUUUCACAGUGCACCGGAGGGAAGGAGAGGUGCCUGGAUCAGUCCUCAGAUCAAAAGGCUCCCUCAGACAAUGGCAGAUGUUCAGCAUCUACCAAACCCUAUUUCCAGAUCCCUCCUGCUCACCUGGAGCACCAAAAUAGCCAGGGCCGCUCUCUGAGAAUGCAGGGGAGAUCAGUGGCGUGGCUUCAUGCCUGCUCAAAUUCUGGAUGUCUUCUCCUCAUUGGUACAUAGAGUUCCUUACCCUUAUUUUUUAAAUGUAUGUACAUACACCAAUUUUAUGUAUUAAUAAAUUCUAGUAUUGA